UACAAACACACCGCUUAAUUAAUCAAUUGUAGCAUUUUGCAAAAUACACAAUAUAGUGCACAAAUAAAAACAUAUUUAAUUUUCUAUCCAUGGCUAACAACGAAUUCAAGUUGGUUUCACCAGCUAUUAACAAUCAAGAAGGUGGCAAAUUACCAAGACAUUGUACACAAGAAGGCUUAGGUUCAAAAUGGAACAUAUCUCCACCUCUAGAAUGGCAUAAUGUUCCUCCCAAAACCAAGAGCCUAGCUCUUGUGGUUCAGGAUAUUGACAUCGUUGAUCCAAUUGGACACACGGUGCCAAUAACCCAUUGGGUGGUGGUGAAUAUUCCGACAACUUUAAGAGGGUUGUCGGAAGGAUUAUCUGGAAAGGAAGGAGAAUUGGGAGGUGAGUAUGAUGCAAUUGAAGAAGGGCUUAAUGAUUGGAACGUGCAUGUGUGGCAUGGUCCUAAGACUCCAAACUAUGGUGAUAGGUUUGAGUUUAGGCUCUAUGCUUUGGAUGAUGAUAUGCAUUUUGAUAAUAUGGUGACAAAGGAGAAGCUGUUGGAUGCAAUAACAGGACAUGUAGUUGGAGAAGCUGUACUUGUUGCUACUUUCGGAUAAUAUAUGGGAGAAGCUGUACUUGUUGCUACUUUCACUGUAACGCCCUUAUGUAUUUAUAUAUUAUUUAUAUUAUACUUAUGUUUAUCUUCAUUUAU